ACAGUGGUUGCGACAUAGUUCUGUUUGUUGCACCGGUCCAGGGUGUUCCCUAUGACACCGCAGAAUUGCUAAAUGUGCUUAGGGGGAUGUCCUAACUGUCUAUUCCUGUCUGCUAUAUGAUUACAAAAGAAAUGCAGCUUUUACUUGUAUGUAGUCAGCCCCAUAAAAGUCAGAGGAACAUUUCCCAGCAUGGUGCAGAGCACAGCACAGUGACCAGAAAUAUUCACAAUAUGUGGGAGAGAGAAGAUUUAAUUUACAAAACCUAGGAUGGCACAGAGGGAUAGGCAUCUUGCAACCUAGCUCAUGACCUGUGGCACAGAGGCAAAAAAACCUAGAACAAGCGAGAGGGAGAAGAGGCAGGUUGCCUGUGGGAGAAGGCAAAAUGGAAACCCCAGAUGGACCAUGGUCAUGGUGUGUUCUGGCUGCUUCUAUGGUGACCUAUGCAGUGACCUUAGGAUUUCCUUCUGCUAUUGGAAUAUUUUAUACAGAUCUCCAGAACUCUUUUAAUGCUACCAACCAAGAGACCUCCUGGUUUCCAUCAAUUAUUACAGCUGUCCUGCAUGCUGGAGGUCCAUUAUGCAGCAUAAUGGUGGAAAGGUUUGGCUGCAGGAUAACAGUCAUGGUUGGUGGCCUCCUUUGUGGAAUUGGAUUGGUUGCCAGCUCCUUCUCUCAGAACAUUAUACACUUGUACCUGAGCGCAGGGAUCGUUGGAGGUUUAGGGCUGUCUCUCAGCUUCCAAGCAUCAGUCACAGUGCUCGGCUACUACUUUAUCAAGCGACGGACUUUGGCAAACGCUCUUGCCGCCACAGGAGCCUCCAUAGGCAUGGCUCUUUGGCCACUGAUUUCCCAGUACCUCUUAGAGACAAUGGGUUGGAGAGGUUCCUUUAUGAUAUUUGGCGGUAUAUUUCUUAACUGUUGUGUAUGUGGAGCCGUGAUGAGGCCAGUGAAAGCUCCACCAGCUGCCCCUGGAAAAGACGCAUCUUCUUCAAUGCAAAAUGGAACAUCUGGUGGUGUAACAGAAUUGGAACAGAGAAAAGGAAUACAGAGAUAUAUGGCUUUUGACCUACUGCUUAGACACAGGCGAUACCAGAUUUACACAAUAGGUGUUACAUGGAUGGUUCUAGGCUUUGUUUUGCCACUUUUCUACCUGGUACCAUAUGCAACCAGCAAUGGCAUAGAGGAAAAAACUGGCGCACUGUUGCUCUCUCUUAUUGGUUUUGUCAAUAUUUUUGCACGCCCGGUGGCUGGAAUCGUAUCGCAGCACAAGAGAUUCUCCGGAAAACGAAUUUACCUUUUUAGUGGUGCCGUAGUUUUGAAUGGACUCAGUAACCUGGUUUGUGCCGCCUCUGCAUCCUUUUCUGCACUUGUGGUAUAUUGUGGCCUGUAUGGUGUCUCUAUGAGUGUAAUUGGAGCACUGGUUUUCAAUGUGUUGAUGGAAAUAGUAGGAAUGAAGAGAUUCCCUGGAGCGUUUGGACUUUUUACCAUUCUUGAAAGUGUUACACUUUUGAUCGGACCACCAUUAGCAGGUUUCCUUGUGGACCUCACUGGAAAAUAUAGUUUCGUUUUCUACUUCACUUGUAUUGCUGUGUCCUCGUCGGGAAUUUUCAUGCUCAUAGCCUCCUACAUUGUCGACAGAAAGGAGGCACAAUCCAAUCAAAAACCUGUGAAUAUAUCAGAUGGAAAAGCCAAUGACUGUCACAAAAACGUUAUCUAUAGACCCGCCAAACAGGAGAAUUGUACACAAACCAACUUGGUAUGAAGUAUGAUGUGUUCUCUUAAGACUCUAUAAAGAGGAGUCAUUGUGGACAAUGUAACGUCAGCACUUUCAGGGAGUACUGGGAGUUGUUGAUCCUGGUACGUCUCUUUUUUUAAAGCCUAGCACAAUGCCUCCACUCCAAGGGAGUACAGGUAUGUUUAGAAAAAAGAAACUCAAGCUUUUAUAUAGAUGGCUUUUUUUACUGAUAGAGAUACAAACAGGGAUUAACAAUAAUGCCGCGUACACACGGUCGUUUUUCGGCAUUAAAAAAAA